CAGGGUGACUAUGAGAUGGUUGUCAAUGAUUACUCCAAGGCCAAAUCACUAGUUUCAGAUAAUGCCCCGAUUGUUUUUAAAAAAGGUGCGACGUUAGUACAUUCUUUUUUUUCUUCGAAUUUCAAAUUAACAAAUUCUUCUCGUCUUUCUUAUUUCAGUUUUGGAAGAAGUCGAAAGCAAAGUGGAGAAGUUUCGAAAUCAACUACGAAGUCGUUUAUCUAUUUUACCCAUUCCUUUGAAAGACAUGAGAAGAUACAUCAAGUAUGGCUUUCAUUUUUGUACAUGCGUUUCUCAAUUAGUGCAUUUUAAAAACUCAAUAACAGCGUAUGGACACUUGUAUUCUAUAUGGAGAACUUUCGUCAAAGAAAAUAUACUGUAGAACAUCCGGUAAUUCAUCUAAGGAGCUAUUUAUAUUCAUGGAAGCUGGGCUGGCCCGCUAAGCGAGACAGCCCGGUAGCGGGAUGAAUUUCUCUUGUGUUUAUAUGAGAAAAUUUCAUCCCGUUUACCGGGACAAUUUUGUUGUUUUGACAUUAUUUUGACAGUUGUUAAAAAUGGCUUGCGACAGCAUCUUUAAACUUUCAUCCCAGCAACCGGGCCAGCCCACCUGUGAGUGUUUAUAUGGAGAAAUUUUCAUCCCGGUAAGCGAGAUCUCGCCUCUUUCAAGCGAGAUCUCGGCAACCGGGCCAGCGCGCUUGCACGUUAAUUUUUACUAUAAAAAUAACUACGCAGCGAGAUCACGCUUACCGGGCUGUCUCGCUAAGCUGGCCUACCGGCUUCCAUAUAAACAGUCCCUAAUAUGCAUAACAGCGCAAGAAUUUUCCGGGACUAAUUGUCCCAUGGUGCGUUACUUUUCCUCAUCCAUGUUAUAGGGCUUCUUGUUAUUUCUAGGUAUGUGAUUGGUUUAGAUUCCCCCGGUGAUGUGGCGUGGGACUGUCUGAUGAACCAACACAAAUGGCUGUUAGGAUUGCUGGACAACUGCCGUACUGACCACCUCGGCAAAAGUACGUUCGUAUGAAUACGAGUGUGAGAGAUACACACGCAAGAAUUUCACAUCUUGUAGCAAGUCUGCCAACAAGCCGUCAACAAGUAUGGAACAACUUGUCAACAGCUUGGAACAACCUUGUUGAUAUUAUCAGACUUGUUGCAAGGUUGUUACAACAAGUCCGAUACAGUCAUGAUAUAACUAUAUUGUUACAACCUUGUGUCGUAAACCUUGUAACAUUCUUGUUAUACCAUGACUGUAUCAGACUUGUUAGAACAACCUUAUAACAAGUCUGAUAAUGCCAUCAAGGUUAACAGCAACAAAGUUGUUAACAGCUCGUUCUAAACCUGUAACAACAACUAAGAACUAACUGUCUUGUUAUCGUCGCAACAUACACUAUCACAGACCGUUCGUGUUCAUAUGAAUGAUUCAUGUUGUAUAUUUUCCCAGAAUUUUAAAAUGAACCUCAACUGUCAUUUUCAAAUGUCCAUGGUUUAGUAGAAUUGUCAUCACUUCAAACCACCAUGCCAUUCAUUCCAUUUGCAAGAAAUAGUUAUUGAUAGAAAUAGUUAUUAUGACGUUAUAGAAAUAGUUAUUUUCAUUUAGAAACCCAUGGUCCUGGGGCGUUGGCCGUACCAGUUUAUCACAGCCCAAGAAGAGAGUCGUUGGACAAUUAUGGAGGUACAGUAACGCAUGAUAGUCAUGGCCAGAAAUCACGGACAUGUUCUACUUCCUUACUAAUUUUUUUAUUUAAAAAAUAUUUUCCAAAUGUUUGUCCCAAAAGCAAAUAAUGCUUAUCCCUAGAUAAGCAUUAUUUGCUUUUGGGACAACACACGCAAUUAUUUUCGCACACGUAAUUAUUUUCAAACAAACACACAGAUACGUGUAUCAUGUACUGGCUAUUCUGCUUUUUCGUUUGUUCCUUGUGGCAGUAAUGCGGUUUCUCAUAUAGAGUUAAAUAGACAAAUGUCGUAAAAACUAACCUCUGUACAAAUAAUGAAAAUGCCGAAUAGGCGGUAACUGAAAUCAGGCCAACAUUACAUUAAAUACUUCGACACACUUUGUUUUGCAGCCAGCGAUUGAGGUAAGUUUCAAACGACUUACUUUAUUCUCAGAUUUUGCGAUUAACAACGUCGCGUUACAUAAUUCACAGUUGAAGCCAUAUUUCAACGUGAUAUGCAAAUUACGAAGGAAGUAGAAUAAACAAUUUAUAAAACACAGGACAGUUUUCAAAGUUAUCUUUUUACGACAGGUUGGGGUUCUAAAGGUCAUGCGCCUCUACAGGGUGUAAUCUUUGUAGAGGAACUGUCAGACAUCUUGGCCGAGAGCUUGCCUGAUUUGUGGAAGCUUGGGAACGAAUAUGUUAGUGGAAGUCUCUUUCAUAAGGUGUGUUAUUCUGGUAAACAUCGUUUGCUGGUUUUUAUAUCGAGCUUAAUCACGAAGUAUGCAUCUCAACCGAAAGCUUAAGGAUGGUUUACACUAUCAAAGUUUCUGUGAUCACAGUAGGAAUUUUGUAUAGAUAAAUUACAAGUUUGGAAGGAUUUUUAAGAAACGUUUGAGGGAACUGCCUAAUUGACUUACUACAAUACUUACUACAUUGACUUACUACAAAUAGACUCAAUCACAGAAUUUUCAGUCUCAAUUUAUUAACUUUGCUUCGUGCAGCAAGCUGACCGCAACAGCAGCUGACGGCGUUAGAUUUCUGCGAUUACUGCUGUCUCAAACUUUGUGUUUCAUCAUAACAAAAUCUUGAUUUUUACUUUGCUUGAUGCAUAAUCUUGUUCGAUAUUCUUUACAGGAAAAUAUGGAUCCAGAGAAACCAUCGUUUGUGCCUGCUGAUGAACGAAAACUUGAGUUCCAGGUAGUUUAUGUACUAUGAUACUGAGUUAACCAACUUUACUUUUACAGUACUGUCUUUCGGGCACCUCUCUGAUACAGACACUUCUCGAAUACAGAAACCUCUCUUGUACGGACACCCCUCUAAUACGGACACCUCUCUACUAUGGAAACCUCUCUAAUCAGAAUAUUUAUCUAAUACAGACACCUCUCAAAUACGGACACCUCUCAGACUCUGAUAUAGACAUCUUUCUAAUACGGACACUUUUCUAAUUAAUCAUUUUCCAGUUAAUCGGCUCAUCUCUACUUCAUUUGGGAACCAUAACGUUUUCUGUUUGUAGGCAAUGGUGAGUGAGAUCACAGGAAGAUACUCGGGUUUUAUCGAAGAAGUAUUCGUGGGAGUUUAUAAACGCGAGCCAGAGAAGAAAACACAGUGGAAUUGUCGCCGUGAAGAAAUCACACCUUGGUUGCCAAAAUGUGUCAAAUUUGUAAGGUACACAUCUAAGAACGCGCAAGUUGUCACAGAUCUGUAAACAAGUUGUAACAAGGUUGUUGUCAAGCCGAUAUCAGGAAGUGUUCGCACUGCUUGUUCCCAGUUGUUGUGACAAGUCUGGAACAAGUUGUUAUCACCUUGUUACAAGGUUGAUGGCGGUAACAGACUUGCUACAAGUUGUUCCAACAUGACUAAAGCCGCGUUCACACAAGCGGCCGAGGCCUGGCCUGAACCUGGCCUGGGUCUAAGUGUGAACGGGUUUUACCUGGCCUGAGCCUGGCCUAGGCCUGGCCUAAGUCAAGAAAUCCAGGCCAGCAAAUGUAGGUGGCCUGGACCUGGCCUUGCCUGGGCUUCGAUCAUCACUGGUGUGAACGGGUUUUUUCUGGGCGUGGCCUGGGCGAGGCCCCGUUACCAUCGCAAUAUCUGCCCACGAUAAAAACUGGUCAGAUGAUUGUCAUACAAUUGGAGGGAAAAACAUUCAAAGCGCGAAAUUAAAUACUUUAGUGGAACACAAGGACGUUUAUAUUGACGCCUCAUUGCUUUGGCCUGGAGUUGGGCGUCAAGCCAGUGUGAAUGCGUUACAAUUGGCCCAGUCAAGGCCAGGUCCAGGCCAGGCCUGGGCCGCUGGUGUGAACGCGGCUUAAUACAUAAUAAAAGAAGUCGUUCUCUGACCAAAAGUAAUUUAUUUUGACCAGCUUUCGGUCACUAGACUGUUGUCUUCUACAGGUACGUGACUAAUGAAAAUAGCGAACAAGUUGCUGCAAGCUUGUUGUCAUCAACUUGUUAACAACAUGUUACCUGCAGACGGUAUCAGACUUGUUGGAACAACUUGUUGCGAGUCUGUUGGCCUUAUCAACCUUGUUACUUACUCAACCAACUUGUUUCAGAGUUGUAAACAACUGGGAACAAGCAGUGCGAACACAUCUUGCUGACAAGCUGUCGGCUGUACACGCAAUCGGAUGCAAUGAAUUUUUGAAUUUGAUAUUAAAUUUAAAUUUGACAUUAAAUGACAUUGCAAAUUAUAUAGCAAAUUUGAUAGCAAAUUAUUUAUCUUUCUACAGACGUUGUUAUAGUACAUUAAAAACUCAAUGUGGCAAAAGCUCUGUUGAAGCACUGAAGUCAGUCCAGUUAUCAUUAGAAGAUCUGCAGUUUCUGUCAACUCGAUGUCUCAUGGAGAACGCCGUAGAAGGUUAGCUACAUUCCGAUUGCAGGCUCUGCUAAAUGUUAAUGAUGAAUUUUGUCGGGUGUUCGUGUCCUCAGAUGAUGUUUACUGCGUAUUUUUUUUAAUAUCAUCAGUGUAGAUGAGAAUAUCGCCCGUACAAAACGCAAACGUGAUUGUUUCUGUUAAUUUUUCUCAGAAAUCAGGAAUCUUUAUCAGAAUGAAGAUUGGUCGAAGGAAACUAUUAGCAAUGGAUGUGUGAUAACAAUUUUGGUAAAGAUGAGUCAGCAGUCUUGAAUUAUCUUUGGCUUCACUUCAUUCUAUACUGAAAUAACAUGUAUAUAAUGCGUGCUCUGAUUGGCCGAAACCAAAUCAGGCCAUCCAAACACGGAAAUUUAAAGUGAAAGUUUUUUAAAGUGAAAUUUUAACACGGAAAGUUGUUAUUUUAUAAAACAAUUACUUUAUGGUUUCCGUGUUUGGAUGGCCUGAUCCAAACACUUGGGAAUGUUGCUCGAGUUAAGAAAAGCGUGCAAAAUCAGUCGCCUUCGGCUCGCGAUUUUGCGCGCUUUUCUAAACUCUCGCAACAUUCCCGCGUGUUUGGAUCAGGCCAUCCAAACACGGAAACCAUAAAGUAAUUGCAUAAUAACUUAUCAGGUCUAUGACUAACUGUUCAGUAAACUAACUUUCAUCUUUCCUCGCAGCCCAUAACGUUUGAGACGAUAGCUAUUGAUAUACUUCAUCUACUUAAAGAUGUCAUUGGCGAAGCAACGUUUGGAGGGGAAAAGGUAUCUAGACGGAAAUGUCGAGUGUGAAUUUUAUACAUUUAUAUAUUGAAAUAGUUGCUAUCAGUGAAUAGCUUUGACAAUUUAAGUAUUGAAAGAAAAAUCUCAUUGGAUUAGUGCUGAAGUUUCAUUUUGUAUUUUUAAGGGCGAUCAGAUUCAGAAAGAAAUCAACGAUCUGUUUUACAAGAUGCUGCAGGUAUUCUUGACUUAGUUUUACUAAACUAACUUUACAUCGUGCCAAUGGAAGCGUUCCGAAAAAUGUUGACCAAUUCAUUUCCUUACUUGAUGGAACACCUUUGAACAAUUCCUCAACAAUUUGACAAGUUCCUUAAAAAGUUCCUAACUUCCUGUUUUAUUGACCAAUCAAAUUUUAUAUUUUAUUUUUGAGCAAUCUGAUUGGUCAAUGAAACAGGAAGUUUGGAACUUUUUAAGGAACUUAUCAAAUUGUUGAGGAAUUGUUCAGAGGUGUUCCUUCAAGUUAGGAAAUGAAUUGGUCAACAUUUUUCGAAACGCUUCUAUUGGCACGACUGUAAUAUAUGUUCUAGGUAGCUAUGUCAGUUCCAAACGCUUCUGACCAGGGGUGGAAAAAAUAUUUUACUUUCUGGGACCGCAAGAGAACAUUUUCUGCAAACAAUCAAGUAAAUUGACACUCGGUGUCACUGUGUCAAACUGGAUACCAUGCUAUAUUUAAACAGAGAAAUUUAUUUCAUUUCACUGAGAAUCUUAAUAAUACUUUUAUAGGAAUAUAACAUACAAUUAAUUUAGAUAACAUGCAUAAAGGGUCUGAUCCUAAGGUAAAUACAGAUACUAAAAAAGGUACUAUUAGGGGGCACUACCAGAGGGGUUUGUGCUCUCCCAGAAAAUUUUGAAAAUCAGGUGUCCCAGAUUGGCUAAAAUGCAUUUGCCAUACAACAUUUCUUACAUCAUUCUAUAGUCUAUACAUUAACGCACUAUCGCAAUAUUAUGAUGGAUACACUUAUAAUAAUUAUUGCAUUUCUGUUUGAGGUCAUACCCACAAUACUGGUAACAUUCUUUCUAUUAGUUAGAAUUUUUACAGUUAUCUUUUUUUUCUUUCUUUGGGGAAAUAUUUUCUGGGAACUCAAAACAUUUUCUGGAGCAGAACAUUCGUAACUCAUCUAUUCGUUCAUAUGCAUUAGAAGAAGAACAUCGCACUAGAAAUAAUUAAUAAAGUGUAAACGGGUCUUAAACUACCCUGACUUUAUAUCUACCAUUUUACUAAAUUUUAGGCAGUAAUUGAAAGUCUGGAGCACCUUGGGUUUCCUUCUGAUGAAGAAUUGGACAAAAUAUCAGUGUAACUGAACUAUAAAAUUUCCUUUAAUCAAUACUAUGAAAUUAUUCAAACCCUGCAUGCCAGGUUUUCGCACUCCAGGAAUAAAACCGAAAGCCGUUUACCCAAAGCAAACCCAAAAAUUUGACGCGUAUAAAAAUAUCGCUUUCUUUACAGAUCAAGUCGACAUCAUUAUGGAAGUUUUGAUUCCAAAGAAGACGUUCAUUCUAUGACUUCAAUUAACUCGCCUGCCAGGGUAAUUGUUUCGUGACUUAUUUACCCCAGUACAUGCAUCGCGCCAUCGCAAUAAAAGAUGACCACAUAUUUUUUGUUUGUUUUAGGACGAGCGUUUUCUGAUAGUUCUCAGCUGUUGUUCAUACCUUCGCGAUAGUGUCCUUCCAAAAAUUGUUUCAAAUUAUCAAAGCAACGGUCAUGCUGGCCUUGAAAAUUUAUUACCAGUAAGUAUUUUGGUCUAA